AUGCGGCUCACACUGGUGGCUGGCUCCAUCGCUGUUGGCCUCACCGCGAGAGGGCGGUUGCAGCAGCAGCAGCAGCACCGUAUACUGUCUGUGCCGCUCUUUGUUUCCGUGCGGAGGUACGUGAAUGCGCUCUACCGUGUUCCCCCGCAGCAUGUAGUGCCAACGCACAGCCCCAGUGGGGAGGAAAUUGACACGGAGUUGUUUGUGCGUCAAGUGAAGGAUCUCUUUGUGGCGCUGAAGCAGACGCAGUUGGUGGAGCAGAUCCACGAGAUGCGGGCGUGCCCGUACUAUGACUGCCUCUUCGCUGCGGAUAUUCUCUUCCAGCACUACGAUGUUGUUCUGCCCAUGCCCAAGUACGGCCGUGAGCACCGCAGCUCGGAGAUCAGCGAGACGCUGCGCUAUCUGCGUGCCUGCGGGGCGACGGGAGACUUCAAUCACAUCCUGCAGGACGUGAAGGGCGGCGCUGCGAGCGGCGGGGACUUCGUGUCGACCUCCCACGGCAUCCUCAUGGGUCACGGCACCGCGCGCACCAACAAGCUGUGCAUGAUGGCCCUCACCGGUGCUGCUGCCCCAGACGAGGCGGCCGCGGCGCAGCAACGGGCGUUGAACGUUGUGCCGAUUGAGAUGGCACCCGACGCGCCGCCGCUGGCCGAUGUGUUGGCCUUCGCUGGCAAGCGCACGCUGAUCGCGCAGGACACCGUGCACGGCCGCCACGCUGUUGAGGCGGCCUCGAGUGCGAUACGCAAAGUGCCGUGGCAGAUCCUGCGCGUGGAGCCAGGCUGCAGCUUCGUGUCGCACCUUUGCGGCGUGAACGCGGUGUACGACGUGCUGGUGGACCAAGACUUCCCCGCAUCGAUGGAGCGUAUCGGCGAGUGCGGCCUCAACCCGUUCCCAGUGGAGUGGACGGAGCCGCGCAAACUUGGCGUCACGAUGCGCAGCGUCUGUCUGAUUGCCCGCUUUGCGCGCGGUUCUAUGAGCGCCGGUGGCUACGCUGACAGCGAUGGCCACCGUGCGGCCUCCUUCAACUACAACACCCGAGGUGUGGCCCGCAACAGCAGGCUGGUGCACAACGGACACCGCCGCCACGGCGACAGUGGGGCACCGCUUGAAGCGCAGCUGCGCUCCGGUGAGCUGCCGGAGCCGGCGUACCAGCGGCCACCGCGAUAUGCGCCGCCAAUGCACCGCCACGGCGGUAUCGUGACGUCCGACUCGCAUCAGAAACACGACGAAGAGGAAGAAGUGGGAAGAGGCGUUGAACGGGGAGGAACAAGAGGAAGAGGGGCAUGA